AGGGCAAUGCUGUAAGCGCCUGAUUCCGGGAGGCCCCUCAGCCCAUCACUUUUCUCUGUGCUGAUGGAUGGAAACCACUGAUAGCUGCAACGUGGAAGCACUUUUCCUUCCCUCUUGAGCUGAUUGCUGCAGUGAGCUCUGCCCGGCCCCGCUGGGCCCCCCACCCAUCUGGAAUGCAGCUCACGCCUUUCUCUGCCUCUCCCAGGACAGCUCAGGGCGGCAUUUGGGCUAUAGAUUAACCAAGGUUCAAGGUAGGAGGUGAGGGACAGAAUCUGCAGUCCAGUGAUGUGCUGCCAGGAGGCAAAGCUCUCCUGAAUGGAUUCCUCGAAUGGUGAUCACUUCUCCAGGUGAUUGAGGUGCUGACCCUCUGUGUGUGGAAGCAUGUCGGGCCCAGUGCCGAGUCGAGCCAGGGUCUAUGCAGAUGUGAACACUCAGAGGCCCCGCGAGUACUGGGACUACGAGUCACACGUCGUGGAAUGGGGCAACCAAGAUGACUACCAGCUUGUGCGGAAACUUGGCCGCGGCAAAUACAGUGAAGUCUUUGAAGCCAUCAACAUCACCAACAAUGAGAAAGUUGUGGUGAAAAUCCUUAAGCCAGUAAAAAAGAAGAAAAUCAAGCGUGAGAUUAAGAUCCUGGAGAAUCUCCGAGGAGGCCCCAAUAUUAUCAGCCUGCUAGAUAUAGUCAAAGACCCUGUGUCUCGCACGCCUGCCCUGGUCUUCGAACACGUCAACAACACAGACUUCAAGCAAUUGUACCAGACGCUAUCUGACUUCGACAUUCGAUUCUACAUGUAUGAAAUCCUAAAGGCAUUGGAUUACUGUCACAGUAUGGGGGUCAUGCAUAGAGACGUCAAGCCACACAAUGUCAUGAUAGACCAUGAGCACAGAAAGCUGCGACUGAUAGACUGGGGCCUGGCUGAGUUCUAUCAUCCUGGGCAGGAGUACAAUGUUCGUGUGGCCUCCAGGUAUUUCAAGGGACCGGAGCUCUUGGUAGACUACCAGAUGUAUGACUACAGCCUGGACAUGUGGAGUUUAGGCUGCAUGUUGGCCAGUAUGAUCUUCCGGAAGGAGCCCUUCUUCCACGGCCAUGAUAACUAUGACCAGCUUGUGCGGAUCGCGAAGGUGCUGGGAACGGAGGACCUGUACGACUACAUUGACAAGUACAACAUAGAGCUGGAUCCCCGCUUCAAUGAUAUCCUAGGCAGACAUUCCCGCAAGCGAUGGGAGCGCUUUGUGCACAGUGAGAACCAGCACCUCGUGAGCACGGAGGCACUCGACUUCCUGGACAAGCUGCUGCGCUACGACCACCAGACGCGACUCACUGCCAGGGAGGCCAUGGAGCACCCAUACUUCUAUCCCAUAGCAAAAGAUCCAGCCAGGAUGGGCCCCUCAGCUGGACUGUCAGCCAGUAACACACCUGUCAGCGCCUCCAGUAUGUUGGCAGGUCUUACCUCAAUGACUGCAGCCCAGCCCAUUGGCAGCUUGGCCGCAUCGCCCAUCAUCUCCUCUCCAAACGCUCUGGGGUCGCCGGUUCCUGCUGCAGCUGGAGUGCCGCCCUGA